AUGGCUUCUGCAAGCUUAUCGUUUCUAGUAGUGGGCAACAUCUCAUACCUACUGCACCCGCAACCUCUGGCAAAAAUAGUUGAGCCUUGGGUAAAAUCUGAUCCCAUCCCUGUUGUCCUGUUUACCACCAGCGCUGCCGUCCCCUCAGCCACUGAGGUCACAGCACUCAUUCACCGAUUUGCCGACGUAGAUGAUGUGUACGCUCCUCCCUUUGCAGAUACUAUUGUUCUGCAGUUAGACCCGAGUCUCGAUGCACAGCGAGAACUUGAUCAAUUUAGGGACUCAGGUUGCUUCGAGGCAGUCUACCAUAUAGCUCCAACCUCACCACCCAAUGUUCUCCCAACGGGGCCAUACUUUCUAACACAGGGAAAUAUUCACCAAGCAUACCGCUUGUACGAAGAUGAAUUGGAUAGCUUUAUUUUUGGGGUCAUUCCCGAGGAUGUACUAAAUCCAAAGAAGUUAUACUCCCCGUACUUCCCUCUCCCGGCGCUUAGCUCAAAUGGGUUAUGGAAGAAGAUUGCCGUUCCAAGCCGGCUUUACACAGGCCAUGAAGUACAAACCCAAAAACCUCUGGCGGGAGCUCGAAUGGGAAUCAAGGAUAUCUUUCGGCUUGAGGGCACGCAAUUGACUAUGAUGAACAGGCCAUGGACCGAGCUUCACAGACCUGAUGAAGAGAGCGCCGCGUACACCAAGAAGCUAAUUGCUCUUGGGGCCGUUAUUGUAGGAAAAACUAAGAUGACUUCUUUUGCAUCGCCGGAAGAAGCUACAGACCAAUGGAUUGACUUUCAUUGUCCGGUCAAUCCGCGUGGAGACCGCUACCAGAGCCCCUCAAGUAGUUCUACAGGCGCCGGCACUUCUCUUGCUGGGUAUAGCUGGCUGGACUUUUCUGUGGCUGGAGACUGUAUGAUGGUACCCCAUUCCAUAUCUUACCUUGCGAUUUUUGCUCAUUUUCGUGAUACAGCUGCCGGGAGUGUACGAGCACCAGCACCUUGUAGCGGGCUCUUCUCGCUGCGACCCAGCUUCAACUCGACAUCAAUGAAAGGGAUACCAGUCAACUCUCCAGAGUUUGAUACUGUGGGCCAUUUCGCUCGCAACUUGAGAGAUCUUCAUUAUAUCGUGUCACAUACUUUUGAAAACAUACCUCGGAACUUCUCAAAAUUUCCUUCAAAGAUCCUUUACCCACUGGAAUUUUAUCCGCUGAAAAAUUCAAAGCAACAAGACCUAACUGAAGAGUUCGUUGCUAUCCUAGAAGAGUUUCUAGGGGUGAAGAGAACUCCCUUUAGCUUCGUGGAGGAGUGGGGAAAGAGCCCCCCCAAACAGGCUGAAGGCUUGCCAUUGCUCAAGUAUACUGAAAAGAACCAGAGUGCAUUUUGGGCACUAUGCUAUGACUACUAUCACGGAUUCGAUGUUUUCCGGGAUGAUUACAAAGCAAAGUUUGGAAAAGAUGCUUUUACCAGCUCAGUCGUUCGGUUCCGGUGGGACGUUGGGAAACAGGUCACCCCUAACGAAUACGAUGAGUACUUGAGGCAACUGAAAGUAUUUCGAGAUUGGUUCAGCAACCAGUUUAUGCGUCCAGAUUCAGAAAGCCUUUCCAGCGCAAUUCUCGUGAUGCCAUAUGGGGCACCAGGCUCGGAAUAUCGCGACGAACCAAACCCGUAG